GUUUUAUCAAUACAAUGGUUGGAAGCCUGAGUAGGUUUGUUGUUGCAUAUAUAAAAGUUUGGAAACCUUAACAUAAUCUUUUUAUAUGAAGCUCUUAUUUCUAUCCUCAAAUUUUUUUGAGCAUAUUUCCGAAUAUUUCACACUUGUACAUAUCUGGGAUUUUGUUUGUAUGUCUCAGUAUUUAUUUAGGAGUUUCUGGACACUGUUUCAAUGGUUUGGCAAGUUUUUUUAGUUUCGAUUCGGAGUUUGUCGUGAUAUGAGACUUUUGUCAUCAAUGAUUGUUAUUCAUUGUUUUCUUUAAUAAAAGUAGGUAAAUAGGUAUUAAUUCCAGAGUCAAGGAGUGGAGGUAGGGAAGGGGUGGUAGCAAUUUUUUGAAAGGGUAGAAAUAUUUUACGGACCUUAUAAAAAGAGUUGAAUGUUUAGGGUGCAAAAUGCAUGAUUUUCAGAGUUAGUACUUUCCGUUUAAAUAAAGGGAAAAAAGGGAGUUGAUAGCAUCACUUUUAACCAAUGCAUUUCACAAAAGUAACUAAAAUAUUAUGCCCGUUUGGUAACCCACAAGGAUAUCUUGGGAAAAUUUCUUGUCAACGACCAAGCACCCUGAUAGUAUCCCAUUUUUCUCGUCACACAUCAACUUGCUAACAACACAUUCGCCAAAGUUACGAUCUUUUCAGUGGACCGCUUUAAAUAAACAUUAGGAAACGGUAUGAAAUUCUAUCAAACAUUCCAGGUGAGACUAUAAUUUAUGGAGGAACCAACUAAUUCUUUGUAGUUACAUACUCAGGAACUUUAUUUUUCUUUUUAGUAGUGCACGAUAAUGAAUAGUCGAGUACAUCUAAAGAAUUGUGCAGAUAAGGAAAACUGUUGCCAUUCCCUAAAGGUCAUGGACUUUGUUACUAAUAUCGAAAAAUCUUUAAAUCGUGAAAUGGUUUUAAACGGUCCCAAUUUUUUAGCCGGGUUAUUUCGUAUUACUCCUCGUAUACAGUCGAAGAUUUCCCGAGCUGAUAAACGACUAAAAUUACCAACAUCCUGUCAGCCAAUACAACACAGUAAAUCUCGUGUGAACUUGUUUUCUCGAAUUUUAUCGGAUUCUAAUUGCUUACCUUCUCAGGAAUCCUUACAACUUUCUUCAAUUGAGGUGUUAAAUGUGCAUAGUGAAAAUGAUAAAAAGUGUAUUACUGGACCAAUUAAUGAUGGAAAGUUACCAAGUGCUGAGACAAUCAAAUCGGAAUUUCAUCAACAUGCAUGUAAAUCAACGCCUAAUCCUCCAGGAGAUGAAAACAGUGGUGUUACUACCAGUUUUCAAAUUAUAAUAUCAGAGACUAUGAAUAAAGAAGUUAAUAAUGAAUUAGCAUCAGCUGACAAGAAACGUAGACGAGAACUGUUAAUUGCAUAUGAGAAAGCAAUGCAACCAAUAACUUCAAUUGAUGUGGCACCAGAAUAUGAAAUCCAACUUUUAUCUUUGUUCCAAUAAGAUGUCUAAAAUAUAAUUAUUGUUUAUAUUUUUUAAGAGCUAUUUUAUUACGUGUUUUCAUAUAUCGUCUUAGCAAUUCAUAUAGAAAUACUAACUGUAAUCAUAGAAUGUUUACUAUUAAGUUCUACACAAACGUGAUUUGUAUAAAUAUAAAGUUUC